AUGACCAAACUCUACACCAAACCCAAAGAGAUGGCCGAGCUCAUAUCUUCUCAGCCGUGGAUACAGGAAGCCCUCAGCUCCCAAGAUGAGAUGAAGGAAGAAGAUGGCAGACAAGCUUCCUAUGGGCUACUUGCUGGCCUUAACGAGGAGCACGACAGUAUCGAGGAGGAAGAAGAGGAAGAAGAUGGUGGGAAGCCAAAGAGAAGGGGCCCAAAGAAGAAGAAGAUGACCAAGGCAAGACUGGAGCGGUUCAGGGCCCGACGGGUGAAGGCUAAUGCUCGGGAGCGAACACGGAUGCAUGGGCUGAAUGAUGCUCUGGAUAACCUUAGGCGGGUGAUGCCUUGCUACUCUAAAACUCAAAAGUUGUCCAAAAUUGAGACACUCAGACUAGCCAGGAACUAUAUAUGGGCUUUGUCAGAGGUCCUGGAAAGUGGGCAGACUCCGGAAGGGAAAGGUUUUGUUGAGAUGCUCUGUAAAGGUUUGUCCCAACCAACCAGCAACCUGGUUGCUGGCUGUUUACAGCUAGGACCUCAGUCCCUGUUCUUAGAGAAAGAUGAAGAGAAAGCCUCUGCCUCUGACUCAGCUGUGUCCAGCCACAGUUUUUCUUACCAGUCUCCAGGGUUACCCAGUCCACCAUAUGGAAACAUGGAGGCUCACCUUGUACACUUGAAGCCUCCCAUAUUCAAAAGUCUUGUGGAUCCAUCCUUUAGCAUCCAUCAUGAAAACUGCACCUCUCCACCAUAUGAGGGUCCCUUGACACCCCCUCUGAGCAUCAGUGGGAAUUUUUCCCUAAAGCAAGAUGGGUCUCCAGACCUGGAAAAAUCAUACAACUUCAUGGCCCACUAUCCAUCUGUUAGCUUGGGCACUGCUCAUGGGCACAGCUCCCAUUUUUCAACCGCAGUGCCCAGGUAUGACAUCCCAAUAGAUAUGACCUAUGACUCCUACCCUCAUCAUGUGGUUGGGGCCCAGCUUAAUGCAAUAUUCAGUGAAUAA